GUGAAAUUUGGGGAUAAGAUGUGGUUGAGGGGCGGCUUGAUUUUUGAGGGUGAUGAACACACGACACUGACGAGACGACGACGACGGAAACUUUCUUACUGUGUUCAUAUGGCUGCGGAUUACGGCUGUGUAUUGGGUAAUUUUUUAUUUAUUAGGGAUAUGAGACCGGAGCUGGUGUGAUUGGAUAUGCGCACUCUUGCGAUCCUCGCUGCGGCCGUUGCGGCGGUGGGUGUUGGAGCGAGGCAGGAGGGGGAUGGCGGGCAGAUUGUUAUCGGUGGACAAGGAGGAGGGCACGCGAGCGCGAAGGAGGGAAAGAAGUUGACUGGGAGGUUUUUGCAUAUUACAGACCUACACCCAGACCCCUACUACAAACCACACACCUCCCUCACAACCUGCCACCGCACCCCCGGCCCCUCCCUCCCCUACGGCACCCCCCUCUCCGACUGCGACUCGCCCCCCACACUGGUAAACGCAACCCUCUCCUGGAUCGACGCCCACCUCCCCGCCGUCGACUUCGUGAUCUGGACCGGCGACUCCGCGCGCCACGACAGGGACGAACAAAUCCCGCGUACCGCUGCUGAGAUCACAGAUGCCAAUACCGAGCUCGCUGAUGCGUUUCGCGAGGCGUUCGCGGACAAGGGUGUUCCGGUUGUGCCGACGCUGGGAAAUAAUGAUAUUUUGCCGCAUAAUAUCUUGCUCGGGGGUCCGAAUAAGUGGUUACAAACUUACGGCAGGGUAUGGCACCAUUUCAUCCCCGAAGUGCAGCGGCACGGAUUUCAGCGCGGGGGCUGGUUCACGGUUGAGGUUAUCCCUGGCCGCCUCGCGGUCGUGAGUCUGAAUACGCUGUAUUUCUUCGAGCGGAACAGCGGUGUUGAUGGGUGCGCGAGUAAGAGCGAGCCGGGGUGGGAGCAGAUGGAGUGGCUUGGGAUUCAGCUUGGGUUCAUGCGGGAUAGGGGUGUCAAGGCGAUACUGAUGGGACAUGUGCCGCCUGCAAGGACGGGGGGGAAGAAGUUGUGGGAUGAGAGUUGUUGGGGACGGUAUGUGGUGUGGGUGGAGAGGUAUAGGGAUGUGGUUGUGGGAGGGGCGUGGGGACAUAUGAAUAUCGACCAUUUCCUGCUGCAGAAGGGGAAGAAGGGUGUUAAAGCCCUGAUGGGGACGCCAGGGGAGGAGGCGGUGGAGGGGUGGGCGAUUGGGGAUAUGGGAGGAGAUGUUGCGAUUGCCUCCGUCGACGAGUAUCUCCAAGAGCUGAGGGAUGGGUUCGCGAAGGUCCCGGAUCCGAGGGAUGCGCUGGCGGGAGAGGUGGAGGGGGAGGGGAGGGGCGAGAGGAAGAAGAGGAAGAGGGCGCUGAAGAGGAUGGGGGGGGAGUGGGCGGAACGGUAUCAGGUGUCGCUUGUGAGUCCGAGUGUGGUGCCGAAUUAUUUCCCAUCGUUGAGGGUCGUGGAGUAUAAUGUUAGUGGGCUUGAUGCGGGGGUGGGGGAGGUGAAGGAGAGGGCUACUGCUACGUCGUGGAGGUUGCCUGGGGAGGAUGAGGAUGAGGAUGAGGAUGAGGAUGAGGAUGGGGAGUUCGAGGAGGAGGAUUCUGAUGACGAGGAUGAAGAGGAGGGAGGAGACGCACACACCGACGGCAAAAAACACAAGAAGAAGAAGAACAAGAAGAAGCACCGCAAACCCAAACACCCCGACCUGAAGAUCCCACCUCCACCACCCCGCGGCUCACCCCCAGGUCCAGCAUACUCCCCCCAACCCCUCUCAUGGACGGGAUACACACAGUACUUUGCGAACCUCACCCGCAUCGCUGAGGCUGAAGCCGCCGCUGAUGCCGCCGCCGCUGUUGCUGAUUCCAAUAGUGUGGAUGUAUCAGGAGACGGCAAAGGGAAGAACGGCAAAGGAGGCAGGGGGGGGAAAGACAAACCAAAGGGAGAUGGUGGGGAAUUCAAAUACGAGAUCGAAUACACCACUUUCAACGACUCGAAGGGGUUUGCGCUCCCCGACUUGACGGUGCGCAGUUUCUUGGGGCUGGCGCAUAGGAUUGGACGCGCGAAGGGGGGGAUUUCGAGUUUUGCCGAAGUUGAUGAUGCCGAGGUGGAUGCCGAAGUCGAUGCCGAGGACGACGAGGAGGAAGCGGGACUAGUAGAUAAAGCAUGGUCCUGGCUCUCUGGCUCUGAACCUAAAUCCGGAGAGGGCGUGGAUGCGGAGGGCAAGAACAAGGGGAAGAAGGGAAAGGGAAAGAAGAGCGAGAGGGCGUGGAAGGUGUUUGUUAAUAGGGCGUUUGUGGGGACGGGGGCGGAGGAGGGGAUGGGUUCUAAUGGUGUUAGGGAGAGGGGGGAGGAGUUGUAG